AUGCCUACAACAUGGCCAAGCUCCUGUGUGACAAAUACUACAUGGCAUCGCCCGACCUGGAGAUCGAGGAGGUGAACGCAAGCAACUCCCAGCAGCCCAUCAGCAUCGUCUACGUCCCCUCCCAUCUCUACCACAUGCUCUUCGAGCUCUUCAAGAACGCCAUGCGAGCCACAGUGGAGAGCCACGAGAACAGCCCACGGCUGCCGGCCAUCAAGGUGAUGGUGGCCCUGGGCCAGGAGGACCUCUCCAUCAAGAUGAGUGACCGGGGCAUGGGGGUCCCCCUGCGGAAGAUCGAGCGUCUCUUCAGCUACAUGUACUCCACUGCGCCCACCCCACAGCUGGGCACCGGGGGGGCCCCCCUG